AUGAUAACUGGAAACGGUAUCAUUUUUUUAGGUACUGGCUCAUCAUCAUCAACCCCUAAACUAUCACACAUUUUUAAAAAUUGUAAAAUAUUGCCAGAAAAAAAUAAAAAUGGUUUUUCAAAUUCAGAAUUAAGUAAAGAAGAUUUUGAGGAAGUAGAAAAAUUUGUUGACGAUUUAGUUUCCCAAGAUUUAGAAAAUAUAGAUAAAUUAAAUAAUUUAUAUUUAAAAAAAAAAUAUCCUGAUUGUUCAAAUUUAAAAUGUUAUUCAUGUUAUGAUGCGUUAGUAGAAAAUUCAAAAAACAAACGAAAUAACAUUUCAGUUUUACUUAAAUCAAACAAUUCUUAUGUCCUUAUUGAUGUUGGAAAAACAUUUAGAGAAAGUAUUUUGUCUAACAAUGACAAAAUCAACUUCAGUGAAAUAAAUCUUGAAGCGGUAUUGAUAAGUCAUAGUCACACUGAUGCUAUGAAUGGAAUUGAUGACUUGAGAGACUUACAAGAAUAUGAAAGAGUUUCUCAUGGGGACAUUUAUUAUUAUAAAUGUAAAAAACCUAUUGAUAUUUAUUUAAAUAAUGUAUCUUAUGAUCGACUAAGAAAUGGAUUUGAAUAUCUUGCAAAAGAACGCACUGAAAAUCGAUUUUAUUCAAAAGUUGCAGCUCUUAAUUUUCUUAUUUUAAGGGAUAUAAGAUAUAAUUAUUUAAUACAUGAAGAUAAACAUUUAGAUGAAAUUAAAGAUGAAGUAUUAUGCUUAUCAAAUCAAAGUAACAAUACUAAUUCAACUAACCAUACAACAUUGAAUGAUACAAAUGAUAUGAACAAUAAAAAAUGGAUAAAUAUACACACAUGUGAUAAAAAAGAUGAAUAUGGUUUUAUUUAUACUACAUUUGAAAAUGAUAAAAAAAUACGAUUUAUUCCAUUUCAACAUGGAAAAAAUUAUGUUUGUGUUGGUUAUAUAGUUGGGAAUAAUCAUAAAUUAGUAUAUAUAUCUGAUUGUAAUUAUGUUUCUACAUAUGUUAUAGAUUAUAUUAAAAAAUUUGCACCAAUUGAUAUACUAGUUAUUGAUGCAUUAUAUUAUAAAUCAAAACAUUACUCUCAUUUUUCUAUGUAUGAAAGUAUACAAUUUGCUUUAUUGAUUAAACCUAAACAAGUUUAUUUUAUUGGAAUGUCUUGUGAUGUUGAGCAUAAUAUUACUAAUUUAUACCUUCAAAAAUUGUCUAAAAAAUACCCAGACAUUUCUUUUUCUUUGGCACAUGAUGGAUUAUUUGCUCCCUGUGAUUUUUAA